CCCCUCAGCUGUGAAGGGGGUGUGUCAUAUCGAGCGGAAUCUUUGAGGCCGAUCAGGCGAUCAGUGAUCAGUACUUACAUACCCAAACAAAACCAUGCGGCACUUCUGCUCAUUUUUCUGCCAAUAAUAAACAGGGUAUUAAUUAAAGGCAUGAUGUUGUGCGCUGCUCGCUGCUUCAGAGCGACUCGGCUGUUGCUGCGAGGGGGAAUUUUCACCUCUAAAGAAAGUGUCGUAAAAAACAGAAACUUUUCCUUGGGCCGCUUGUUGCGAUCAGAGAAGUUUGAGGUGGACACAAAAGUGAGCAAGGAUGUGAUUCUGUUCCACCACGAGAACCCACGCUUCUUCAAGAUGCUCAACUUCUUUGGGUUGUCGCAAUUCGCCUUCUGGAUGUACCUCUCCUACUGCUGCAGCACCCUGAAAGAUGUGCCGGUCAAGGACAGUGCAAACGUCACAUGGUGGCAGAGUGUCAACCUCGGCGAGAAAAAAUACAAACACGCCCUCACUGUGGGCAGCUUCCUUAUAGGUUACCUCUCGCUUGCAGCCAGCUGGUUUUACACCCUGAGAGCGGUCAGGUACCUUAUUUUGCGAAAGGGUGGUGCUGAAGUUUCUUUUGUUUGCUACGCACCUUUUGGCGAAAACCGGAUCAUGACAGUUCCCCUCAGAAACGUAAGUUGUCCGCAAAGCAGGCAGGCGUGCAAGGUGCAGCUGCCGCUGAAGGUGAAAAACAGACGGAUGCAUUACGUGCUGGAUAUGAAGGGACAGUUCAAGAAUAACAAAUUAUUCGACAACACCGUGGGACUGAAGCGCAACUUGAAGUAGCUCAGCCAGAUUCGAUCCUUGGAGCUUCAUGCCGAGGUCGAGAACGCAGGCAGGGAGGAAGUGGAGGAAGAUUUGGUUGAGCCUGUGCAUCAGGUAAUUGAUGCGGAAAGUACAGCCUGGAUACCACUGGAUAUACUUGCUCGGCACCUCCCUGCCUGCCUUCACAGAAAACUCCCUCAGCUGGUCCCACUGCAGAGGGUUCAGCGUGCCUGAAGUGCAGUUGUACACUCGAAUUUCGCUGUCAAACAAUAGAGGAAUGAAAGGCGGGAAUAAGCUUUGGCAGUGAAAUAGAAAUGAAAUAAAAAUGUGAUUUAUCUCUCCUAACUAAGAAUAUUAUUUUUUCUUUUUAUUUGGAUUUAAUGGUAGAUUUUUAUGGCGAAUUUAAUAAAAAAUCCAGCAUUUGAACACCAUGAAACUGAAAAA